CCUUGGUAUGACUUACAAUAUAUGAGGUUGUGGAGUUUCUUCUAUCUCCCUUUUGAUUCCUUGGUUCUCAAUUUCCAUUCAUCAAACUCUCACCCCUUGUACUUGUUUGAGUUCCCAUGGCAGUAAAAGGAUCUUCUUCUUCUUAUUAUGCUUCUAUGGUAGUCUUCCUCUUAGUGCUCAAACUUGUGAUGAGCUUAGUGUUCAUUUCUUGGUUGUUAGUCUGGAUUCUCUUGCCCACAAAACCAUUUGACAAAUGGUCUGAUAAGUUCUACACUGCCACCAACUCCACAUACUUUGGAUCACAAGGGACUAACAUUCUCAUCUACACAUUCCCUAUACUGCUCAUCUCUCUGCUUGGAUGCAUUUAUCUCCAUUUUGCAAAGAGACUUGAAUGUUGUAAUUCACUAAGCAGUUUCUUGAGAACAUGGACAAGGCCAGUUCUGGUGAAAGCUCCUCUUGGGAUCAUCUCUUUGAUGGAGCUUGCCUUCUGUUUGAUGUUUCUUGCUUUCUUGAUCUGGUUUUUCACUGCAGCUGUACACAACAGCUUCUCCUCCAUCACUAAAGAGUCUGCAGAAACAGAAGGAUAUGAUCAAGUGUGGAUGCAAAAGCUAUAUUAUGCAUCUGUUUGGCUAGCCUUGACAGGGAACACAUGCUGUGCAUUCCUCUUCUUUCCAGUCACCAGAACUUCAUCUCUCUUGCCUCUCAUUGGACUCACCUCUGAGUCCAGCAUCAGAUAUCAUGUGUGGCUUGGCCACAUUGCCAUGCUUUUCUUCACUGCUCAUGGGAUUUGCUUUGUUGUUCUUUGGGCUGCCAUGGGUGAUCUCUGGCAGUUGCUAAAAUGGGAUUUUCAUGAGAUAUCAAACGUUGCUGGAGAAAUAGCAUUGAUUUGUGGGUUAUUGAUGUGGGUGACUACUUUCCCUACAAUCAGACGCAAGAUGUUUGAGCUCUUCUUCUACACACAUCAGCUCUACUUCCUUUUCCUUCUCUUCUAUCUACUUCACCUGGGAAUCAGAGUCUUCACCUUGAUCCUUCCUGGAGUUUAUCUCUUCUUGUUAGACAGAUACCUUAGAUUCUUGCAAUCACGCCGGAAAGCUAGGCUUGUUUCAGCUCGUCUUUUGCAUUCAGAAACACUUGAGCUCAACUUCUCCAAACACCUAGGAUCAAGCUACACACCAUUGAGCACAGUGUUCAUUAAUGUUCCAAGUGUUUCCUCACUCCAAUGGCACCCAUUCACCAUAAGUUCAAGCAGCAACUUGGAACCAGAGAAGCUCAGCAUUAUAAUAAAAAAGGAAGGAAGCUGGACACAGAGGCUUUACCAGAUGCUCUCUUCACCUUCUUGUCCACAACGUCUUGAUAUCUCUGUUGAAGGUCCAUAUGGCCCUGUCUCACUUAACUUCCUAAGGUAUGAUUCUCUGGUUUUAGUGAGUGGUGGCAGCGGAAUAACUCCUUUCAUCUCUGUCAUCAGAGAACUAAUCUAUAGAAGCACAACACUAGCAAGUCCAACACCAAACAUCCUCCUUGUUUGUGCUUUCAAAACCUCAGCUGACCUCUCUAUGCUUGAUCUCCUUCUCCCUAUAUCUUCCACCAUCUCUGAUCUCUCUUCUCUCAAUCUAAAGAUAGAAGCCUUUGUGACAAGAGAGAAAGCUCCUCCUACUCCAAACAAUGCUGCAAAGCUAAAAAUAAGAACAAAAUGGUUCAAGCCUCUUCCUUCAGACCAGCCCAUCUCUCUGGUUCUUGGUCCUAAUACCUGGCUUUGGCUUGCCACUAUUAUAACUACUUCCUUUGUUGCAUUCCUGGUUCUCCUGGGAAUUCUCACAAACUACUACAUAUAUCCUAUAGAUAAAAAUACUGAUGAAAUCUAUAAUAUUUCUUGGAGAGCCUUGUUGAACUUGCUCUUCAUAUGCUUCUGCAUUGUUGCUACUGCUAGUGCUGCUGUUUUUUGGGAAGAGAGAAGGAGUUCCAUCCAAUUGAAACAGAGCUCAAACAUGGAUGUAAAAACUCCUAUAGCUUCACCAACUUCAUGGCUUGAUAAUGUUGAUCAAGAGUUAGAGAGUUUGCCACUGGACUCUGUACUUCAGACUGCUAAUGUGCAUUAUGGUGGAAGACCUGACCUUACUAAGAUGCUGUUGGAGUGCAAUGAGUUGAACACCGGAGUCAUGGCUAGUGGUCCCUCUGAACUGCGCCACCAGGUUGCAAGGGUUUGCUCUUCUGGAUUGGCUAAUAAUUUGCACUUUGAAUCCAUUAGUUUCAACUGGUGAUCUGAUUGAAGAUUUGUAGCCAGAGUUCUUGUAAAGAUAAUUUAUUUGUAUUGUAAUUGCAUGCGUCAGAAGCAGCAUGGAAAUGCAAGUGUACUAUAAUAACUGGCAUUUGUGUGUGACUCUGUAAGUAAAACAUGAAUGUACUUCCAAAAUAAAUAAAACAACUACUUUGGU